AUGUCAGCUCCAGGCAUCGGCAAUCUGGGCACGCUCAUCAAGAGGCUCGAGGCUGCCACCUCGCGGCUCGAGGACAUUGCGCUGCACCAGUCAUCAGGUGCUGCUGCAACAAGGGAUGCCACGGCUGCGGCAGCCGCCACUGCGCCAUCUGCUUCGGCCAUCCCGCCUCCACCUCCUCCGCCGCCUCCUGCUGCUGCUGCUGUCGAGCAGCCCAAGGACGAUCCUCCAGCCGUGAAAGCAUUCGACGAACAGCUCGAGGAACCGCUGCAGGAGUUCCAGCAGCUCAGCGCCAAGAUCGGCGGCAUUGUCAACGACCAGGCCGCCGCCGUGCUCAAGACCUUUGAAGCGCAGCGCCAGCUCGUCCUGCUCGCCGCAUCCAGUCAGAAGCCCGCCGGUGGCGCCGCCUCGCCCGUGUUUGCCGAGCUGCUCAAGCCGCUCCAGGCUGCGCUCACCCAGGUCAUCGACAUGCGCGAAAAGAACCGCGGCGACAAGCAGCACUUCAACCACCUCAGCACCGUCAGCGAGGGCAUCCCCGCCGUCGGCUGGGUCGCCGUCGAGCCCAAACCCGCUCCCUACGUGGGCGAGAUGAAGGACAGCGCGCAGUUCUACGCAAACCGCGUCAUCAAGGACUACAAGGACUCGGACAAGACCCACGUCGAGUGGAGCCGCUCGUUUAUCAAGCUCCUCGAGGCGCUCAAGGGGUACGUGCUCAAGACGCACACGACCGGCCUCGUGUGGAACCCCAACGGAGGCGAUGCUGCGGCGUUCAAGUCGUCUGCAGCACGAGGCGCUGCGACGGGAGGUGCACCGCCACCGCCGCCUCCCCCGCCUCCUGCCUUCGACGCUUCUACGGGAGCAGCAGCAGCGGGAGGUAUGGACGCGGUGUUUGGGCAGCUGAACCAGGGCGAAAACAUCACCAAGGGCCUCAAAAAGGUUGACGCGAGCCAAAUGACGCACAAGAAUCCCGAGCUUCGCGCCAGCGCUGCGCCCGCGCCCGCACCUGCAGCUACCAAAAUGGCGCCUCCCAAGCUGGCGGCCAAACCGGCGCAGCUCAAAGCCAAGAAGCCGCCCAAGACGCAGCUGGAGGGCAACAAGUGGACGAUCGAGCACCACGACGACAACCGCUCCAUCGUCAUUGACAACACCGAGCUCAACCAGACCGUCAACAUCUUCAACUGCAAGAACAGCAUCGUGCAGAUCAAGGGCAAGAUCAACGCGGUGCAGAUGACCAACUGCACCAAGACUUCGAUUCUGGUGGAUACGUUGGUUUCGUCGCUCGAGGUCACCGGUUCGCCGUCGUUUGCGGUGCAGAUCACCGGCCGGGCACCGACGAUUUUGCUGGAUUCGUGCGACAGCGGCCAGAUCUAUCUGUCGGACCAGUCGCUCGACAGCGAGAUCAUCGCCGCCAAGUGCAGCGCCAUCAACGUCAGCCUGCCCGUCCAGGGCGGCGAGGAGGGCGAGUUUGAGGAGUUUGCGCUGCCGGAGCAGCUCAAGCAUACCGUCGAUGCGCUCGCCAAGGGCAAGAGCCGUGUAAAGACCGAGGUGGUGGCGCACGCGGUUGCCGGAAAAAUGGCCGCUUGGAUCAGGCGCGCGAGUAGGGGUGGCGGCCUUUCUUUGUGCCCCACCUCCACGUCAGUGCGCACACAACUCUUCACCACCACCACCAUCUCCUCCAACACCACGACCCGGCUGCCUUUGGGUGUUGCUACCACCAUGGAGUCCACGCCGCGGGUGGGACUGUUAUGCCUGCCACCAGAGAUCCUCGACAGCAUCGCGGGUUACGCUGCGCUUCCAGACUUCAACCCCGCAUCAUCAUCCACAUCCGCACCAUGCAGCUUUCUGUACGACUCGUCCACGCGCCCUUCGAAGGUGGUCACGCCGCCGACCGAGUUGCAUGCGCUGCAGCUCGUGUGCAAGCAUCUGCACUCGCUGCUCAACCUCGCCGCCAAUCCGCGUCUGUACGCGCGCGUGUUUCGGUCCAAGUUCGACACGGCCGCGAUUGGGCGUCGGUUUGGCAAGUCGGCGCUGUCUUCGCUUAGCCUGGCCAACGAGCUGCGUCGGCGGUGUGUGCUGCUCAAGCGCAUGCGCGCGUGCGUCACCUCUUCCGCCCUACGCACCGACGACGCACCCGGGUUGGACGAGAGCGAGCAAUCGCUGGACGAGAUGCUCUGGCUCGCCUACCUCAUGAUGCUCGAAAACGACGGCCUCAACUACGAGCAGCUGUGCUGGGCGCAGCUUCACAGCUUCUUGGCUCUCCACCACGCCUCCGAGAUGCUCGAUGGCGCCAUCCAACCGGGCUAUCCCUCGGAUGCGGUGCACAAGGCGCUCGCUCUGCACCUCGUGUAUCUGCUCACCGAUCCGGAGCAGCUGGCGUCCGAACCCAGGACAGAAGCCGCGGAGCGACUGUUUGUAUUGCGACCCUUCGUGUUUGCCGCACACAAGUUCGACGCCUUUAUGGCUCCCUGGACGCUUCGCAAUCUGCCUGUCUCCAACAGCAGCGUCGCGGCGGCGGCGGCGGCGGCGGCGGCGGAAGCGGCAAGCUCGUCUACACCCACCAACCCUUUUCUUGCGGACUUGACGCCACGCGAUCGCAGCUGCGCGGUGGAGCAUGUGGGCGGGACCCUUCGCAUUGCCGCACCCAUCCUGGCGCAGGGCGCAUGUUUCAGCUUCUUCAUGAAGGUCGAAAAGGAUCCUGCGGUUCUUGAGCUGGCAGCGCUUUCCGACCCCGACGAUCCGGCAUCCGAGCCGGCGGUUCGACGACCCACAUCCACGCGUCCGCCUCUGUCGCUAUGCUCGCUCGACCACGACCGCGACGUGUCUCGUCUGCUUUCUUGUCUCGAUGCGCGCAGUUCACCCGGAUUGCCGCCUCUGUUCUUCCAGGGAAUGUUUGAGGGGAUUUGGGAGGGAAGGUUUAGCUUUUUCGACUUCGACUCGUAUCGCGAGAUGCUGGCGGGGCGCAUGCGCAGUCUGUACGACGGGCCGUUUGGCGAGCAGCCGCAGAUCUGGAAGAUCAAGGAGCGCAUCGUGCGCUUGGCGCCGGGCGAGGUCGAGGGUGGCAAGGGCAGCAUCCUCGCUGCGGGCUACAGUUCGGAUCCUGUCGAUGCACAGGCGGCGGGGGGCAAGGGCAAGGGCAAGGCACUGCCGCAUGACUGGCAUCAGUACCCUUCGUUUCCCGACGACGACCAGCGCGAACGCUACGAGAUCCUUCUAUCGGGCACGGGCCACUCUGCAUGGGGCCGAUUCGUGGUUCGCGGAAGGGUUCGCAGUUGGGACGGUAUGCUGAUCAUGACGAAAGAGUACCGUCCCGAUGGGCGCGGCAAGUGGCUGUACCGCGGUUAUGCUGUAGCGGGUGGGAAGCUGGUGGGGCGAUGGAGGGACACAUUUACGCCCGAUAACAUGUACGGCUACGAGGGGUGCUUUCUGUUUCAACGUAGAGCCGCGUAG